AUGGUUGUGAUGGAGGAAAUCGUGGGACGCGCUGACGGACGCCCGCGAGAAGAAAACUCUGACAAGAGGCAGCAGCCCACCACAUGUGGAGCAAUAUUGACACAGUUGAGCAAUGUUCUUUGCAAUGGGAGCGAAGAUCCUGCCAUCAACGGCAAAGGGAAGGAGGUAGUGGAGGAGGCAGCCAGGUUGGUGAGGGAGUUGAAGGUCAAACUGGGGGAGAUUACUGUCCUACGCCGGGACUGCGAAGCCCUCCCAGCUGAGGAGGCCACCCCCCCAGCGAUUGUGGCAGCCGUCAACACCAGAAUUAUGGAUGUGACAAAGGGAAAGGUGCUUGCAGCAAGAUGUCUCCCCAGUGGAGACAUCAUCCUGACAACCGACGCGAGGGAGACCAGGGAGGCCUUGACUAAGAGCAGCACAUGGCUGGAAGUCUUGGGACAAAAGGCGAAGGCAAAGCACACCCUGUACCCAGUCAUGGUUAAGGGAGUCCCAAUGGGCAACACCAACUGGAAGGAGGAACAGCAAGCCAUCAAGGCAAUUUAA